AUGGCUCUACCGCCCUACAAAUCCUCGCCCAACCCUCCCGUCCCGGCCUACCUGCCCGACUCCCCCUCCAGCAUCCUGCACCCGCCCACGGAGCUCUACUCGCGCAUCGCCGCCACCGCCAGCCCGUCAACGCCAAACCAGCGCGAGCUCGUCAGCACCCUCACGAUCCCGCCGCGCAGCGGAGCGGCCUGGCAGGUGCCGGCGGGCAGCGUGUUCCGGCUGAGCACGCCGGCGGGGCCGCAGGUGGGCGACCUGAACGUGUGGAGCGCGGCCAACGCGCGCGAGCGCUUCUGGGCCAGCCGCACGCGCCAGCUGCACGCCAGCCACGUGAGCACCGGCGACCGCCUGUGGAGCUGCCUGCCGUACAUGCGCCCGCUGUGCGGCAUCGUCGCCGACUCGCUAGGCAGGGAGGGUUUGGGGAGGUGGGGCACAGCUGUGGGUGAUGGGGAUGGAAAAGAUAAGGGGGUGGAAUUGGGGGAGAAGGGGAGGAGUAGGUGGGGGGGCAGGUGCCAUGAUUUGCUGGGGACGAGGUGCGAUCCUUAUGUCAACCGCAUGCUCACUGGCCGCACCUACAACUACCACUGCCACUCCAACCUCGUCCGUGCCGUGCUCCCCUACGGUCUCAACGAGUCCGACGUCCAUGACGUUCUCAACGUCUUCCAGGUCACCGGCCUUGACGAGAAGGGCCGCUAUUUCAUGGAGGCCUCGCCCUCCCAGCCCGACGACUUCAUCGAGUUCUUCGCCGAGCAGGACCUGUUGUGCGCCCUGAGUACCUGUCCUGGCGGUGAUCUGAGCGAGUGGGGUUGGGUCGGUGUCCGCGACGGCGAGACGGAGGAGGGAGAGGGCGCCCGCAAGAUGAAGGAGACGUGCAGGCCAAUCAAGGUCGAGGUCUUCAAGAUCGCGGAUCAUGUGAGGGAUCAGGUGCUGGAGGAAUGGGUACCGCCAGCUGCCAGCGACUAUGCUGGAUGCCACGGGCUGGGCGUCCCGCUGGGAGAAAAGAGAGAAUAA